CAGACGAUUUUUGUUGUUAUUUAAUCUUGUCCCUUGAUUAGUAGUAUAACGUAUAACAGUGUCUGUCUGAAGGGGUCAAAAAUUAUCUCCCUCAAAAACUUCAUAAUUCGGAGUCAUUCCAAUACAGUGCAGUCGAAGGAAUUAUAUCGUCUUUAAUUUGUGUAGUUUGGGACAAUUUCAUCAUGUGGAAUUAUUUUGAAGAUGUGCGUGAAAGAAUCAGAAAGAAUUUGAUAAGUGUCAUACAAGAAAAUGGAUAUCCUUGGGAAGAGUAUGAAGUGACUACGGAAGAUGGAUACAUAAAUACAAUGCUGAGAAUUCCUUACAGCAACAAGAAUAAAUCGAACAAUAACGAACGCAGGCCACCAGUUAUUCUUUGCCAUGGAAUGGACUGCUGUAGUGCAGUUUUUCUAAAUGAAAGUCGCCUUGCAUAUUUUUUAGCGGACCAAGGUUAUGACGUCUGGUUACCAAAUAAUAGAGGAACCACGUUCUCUAGUCACGUAUCUCUUGAUCCUACUAAGGAUAAAGAAAAAUACUGGAAUUUCAGCUGGCACGAGAUCGGAUUCUAUGAUAUACCAGCAUUCGUAGAUUUUGUGAUAAAGCAUACAGGCUUCCAAAAAAUUUAUUAUAUUGGUCAUUCUCAAGGAACAACAGCCUAUGCAGUUUUCGCAUCUGAGAGACCCGAAUAUAACGAAAAAAUCGCUUUGAGUUGCCUGUUAGGAACCGCAAUCGCAACAGAUUCCCAGAUUUAUUCUUAUGGUCUACUGUUCUUCCUUUAUAUUUUUGUCCCAUUCCUUCAGUUUAUUGAUAGGUUUAUAUUCCGAAUUCAUCAGAUCCCGUUUUCGGCCCUGCUCAGGACCACAUCGACAUAUACAGGCGCGAGUACCUUAGGAUGGUAUAUAAAUAUGUUGGUUAUAUUCUUUGCAGCAGGGAAUGCAAAUUUCGAUCAGGCAGCAAAGUUCGAUCUCAUGAAGUUCAGCCAGACUACACCUAAUACUUCUUCAAUUCGUCAAGCGUAUCAUUACGUGCAGGUAAUGAGAAGAGGACGUUUCACAAAAUAUGACUAUGGACCUGAAAAGAACCUUAAGAAGUAUGGAUCUAUAGAACCUCCGGAAUACAAUCUUUCCAAAGUGACUUCACCUGUUGCCCUUUUUUAUGGCAAAAACGAUAUGUAUAACGAUUACAGACGGGACAAAUUGGAUGAAAAGUUCGCUAACGUCGUUUAUAUUCAUGUUGCUGAUGAUGAAUAUUUCAACCAUAUCGAUUUUCUCAUAGCGAAGGACAGUGUUUCCCUUUUAUAUAACGACAUGGUCGAAAUUAUGAGGAAGUACAAAGCAGUUUGACAGAGGCAGCUGUCUUCAAUGCACAGAAUGCUCCAGCCGAAAUAUCUCAGUAAUAUCGUAAUAAGUAUUUGAAUUAAUGCUCGUAGGCUAUAAAAUAAAUGUGUGACAAACUUUCAAUAAAAAAAUUUAUGCAUA